UGGUGUAAAUAUGUUGUUUUAUAUCGGUACAAAGAACGUUUACUUUGGUAAUAAUAAAGCUACGUCUUAAGUAGAAACAGUGUAAACUUGCGAUGAACAGGCUUUUGCAAUUGGGAAUAAUUAAACUUAAUAAUGAGGAUUGAACGAUUCAGUUAUGAGAAACAUUCCGACGGAUGUUAAACUCAUUAUAUUCAAGUAGAUUCUGUAUGUUUCGUUUCCGGUAAACUCACAGCCUUGUACUGAUAUCAUUGUGGAGUGUUGAUGUAGAGAUGUGUAUCAUUCAAUAUAAAGUGUGAUAAGUAACCUUAACUUAUAAGGUCUCGGGUAAUAAAUAUAUGUUAUUCUCAGCAGUCAGGCGUAUGUGGAAACAAUGAUUUAACUCAACAAUUGUUAAUUAAGUAGACAAAAAUAACAAUGAACGAGUACGGCUGUACGAACGGCGGUAAUUCGUCAUGCACAGGCGACAGUGGAUUAUCCGGUCGCCCAACGGGGCAAGGUCGAGGAAGUGGAGGGUGGCCGAGUAUCGGGCCAUGUGGUUAUUGUACGGACGCGUGUGUGUACAGUGCCAUCGAGAUUGCAUUUAUACUUGGUGUAUGUGCCAAUGUCAUCGUUGUAGCCACCAUUUACCGGGACAAGAGACUUCGGGACUCAACGUUCAUAGGCAUCGCGUGUUUGGCUAUUGCAGAUGCCCUUUUUCUUUCAGUCAACAUUGCCAACUCCUUUGACACUGUAAUGGCUACCAUCGAAUGCAGACAGCCGAGCCUUCGAGGGCACAAGCCGUAUUAUAUCAUCCAAUCAAUUACCUGGUUCGCCGCUAAUUCACACGUCGCAAUGAUGGCGAUUUUGAGAUAUAUCAUAAUUGCCUAUCCUCUAAAAUCAAAUUUGGUUCUUACCAAACAGCGCGUGAUGAUGCUGUCCGGGGGUUGUUGGGUACUUGGCGCGGUGCUGAUCGGAACAAUUACUAUAUUGAUCAUAUAUGGAUAUAUUCUUGCUGGGAAGUCACAGGAGUUUGUCAUCGUUCUUUGGACGGUGGUUUACCUUAUGCCGUUAUGUGUCACAAUUGUGCUCCACAUUUUGAAACUUAUAGUGGUGAGGAGCUCCACAAGACAAACGGCAAACGAAGCCACAAGGAAAUCAAUCCGAAAAAUGUCUCGCAUAGUCAUCAUGGUCCUAAUAUUUGCACUAACACUACCGCUGCCAAGACUCAUUGGCAAGUUCCUUAACGCGAAUCGCGACAAAAAUGCAUAUCCAUCACCGGAGUUUAAAACACACUACAGCGGGAUAGCCAACUGGCUGUUCCUUAUUAAUCACUUCAUCAACCCAAUAAUGUAUUCGUUCUUGUCAAAGCGGUUUCGACAAAGUGUGAAAGAGAUGCUUUUGUGUCGUAAGUUGACUUCAGACAGUUCAAUAGACACAACUGACACGCCUCUGUCCUCCAGAAGGAGAAAUAUGAGCCUGGACACCAUCUUGAGUUUGGAGACGCAAAAGAAAAUGAGUUGCACCAGUCUCAAUAGCAUUGACAAUAAAGGAAAGAAAAUGAGUUGCACCAGUCUAGAUACCACUGACAAUAAAGGAAAGAAAAUGAGUUGCACCAGUCUAAAUACCACUGACAAUAAAGACUAGAGACUUAGAGGAUAUAUUUUGACAGCCGUGGUUCUAUUUUUCAUCAAUGUACAUUCAACGUUUAUUCAUAAAUGAACUAUUAUCUAACAUAAAUUGUAUUUAGUAUUAUUGCAUGUUAUUGUUUGUUAAAGGUAUCAUGCUAUACAUGUGUAAACUGUAUGCUGGUAUUCUUUUGAUAUUCACAAUAUUUUAAUAAUAUAAGUACAGAAGACG